AUGAAAGACGAUGAUGGGGGCUUACAACUCUCCCGACAGAUACAGGAGGAGCGGACGUCACUCGGAGGAUUCGAAGCCAACCUGAAACGGUUACGUAUCGUGUCGGGAGAGGGCGGCAGCAUGGUGUGUGAAAUGGACGUGUUGCCCACGGACAGAAACAGUCACGGAACCCUACACGGUGGGAUGAUAUGUACUCUAGCCGAUGCAGUGUCUUCAUGGGCUUUCCACGUUGUCGAACGCACUCAGGUCAGCGUCAGUACCGGCCUCCACGUUAUGUUUAUGAAGCCCGCAAAAGUCGGUACGACGAUUAUAAUCGAAGCUCGUACGGUUAAACGUGGACGAAAAAUGGUUUUCCUAGAAGUCACCAUCACAGACAAAGAAAAAGGCUUCAUAGUUGCAAAAGUCAACCAUUCCAAACUGAUAUUAGAUGUCGGGACUAAGCUUAUCAAAAGCAAUAUGUGA